CCGAUUUUCUCUCAGCUUAUUCUUCUUCUUCUUCUUCUUCUUCUUCUACCUGCUCUCUCUCUCUCUCUCUCUCUCGAUCGAUCGAUCUUGGAGCUCGGGCGAGUUCUCCGCCAACCCAUCCGGGUCGACUCACCGAGUUCUCUUCACUGUUGGCUGCUCCACCUCAGGUUCUGUCAUGAGCUGAGAUCGAGUUGGGUUUUGCGUCUUGCUGUUGGGGGCGUUCCUGGCCGGAGGAUCGCGGGAUCUUGGAGCUGAGAGUAAGUUCGUUCCGAAUUUGAGCUGAAUCUGUUGGUCUUUUCGAGUCGAUGAGGAUUACGGCGGCGAUUAGCUCCGGUGGGAGGGCUCUAGUGUUCUUGUGCUUGUCUGCGUCGUUUUUGUUGGUGGUUUUGGGGGAUGACUAUAAGCCCGCCGAUCGAAUCCUGCUGGAUUGUGGGGCGGCUUCGCAGACUACAGAUGCCGAUGGCCAGGUGUGGACCUCGGAGAUUGGUUCCAAGAUCCCGGCUUCUACUGCCAACGCCAUCAUGGCCACAGCCGCCACGCAGGACCCUUCGGUGCCCCAGGUCCCGUACAUGACUGCGAGGAUUUUCCAGUCUAAUUUUACUUACAGCUUCCCCGUGGCAUCAGGUCGGAAGUUUGUCCGGCUGUACUUUUAUCCAUCUGUGUACAAUACGUAUAACGCGUCCAAUGCCAUCUUCUCUGUAUCUGCUGAGGGUUAUACUCUUCUGAAGAACUUCAGCGUGGCCCAAACCACAGAAGCUUUGAACUUUGCAUAUGUUUUGAAGGAAUACUCGGUCAAUGUCGAGGGGGAGACACUGAAUAUUACUUUCAGUCCGUCUAAAAACUAUGCAGGUGCAUUUGCUUUUGUUAACGGGAUCGAGGUACAGUCAAUGCCUGACAUCUAUAGCGCAACUGAUGGAAGUACGAUGAUUGUUGGUCUGAAUGCUCCCCUCACCAUCGAUAACACCACAGCUCUUGAGACUGCUUAUCGAUUAAAUGUGGGAGGUCAAGACAUCUCUCCGUCUGGUGACACAGGACUGUUCAGGUCCUGGUAUGAUGAUACUGCUUACAUAUAUGGUGCUGGUAUUGGGGUCACUGAGACUGCUGGCCCGAAUAUGACGAUUCAUUAUCCUUCAUCCAUGCCUACUUAUGUCGCUCCUGUUAAUGUAUACUCCACUGCUAGAUCGAUGGGACCCAAUGCAAGCGUCAAUCUGCAAUACAACCUCACUUGGAUCUUCUCUGUUGACUCUGGGUUCAAUUACCUGAUAAGGCUGCAUUUCUGUGAGGUAGCUGAUGUCAUAACAAAACUAAAUCAGAGAAUGUUUGAGAUCUUCAUCGGCAAUCAAACUGCUGACAAUCAGGCUGAUGUAGCUGGAUGGACAAAAGGCAAUGGAAUCCCUACUUAUAGGGAUUAUGUGGUACUUGUAACAGAUGGAGGUUCGCAGCAGGAUUUGUGGCUUGCCCUUCAUCCAAAUACGGCUUUGAAACCUCAGUAUUACGAUGCGAUAUUGAAUGGGGUGGAGAUUUUCAAGCUCAGUGAUGCGUCUGGGAAUCUUGCGGGGCCUAACCCUAUUCCUGCGCCGAAGCAGGAUGUAAUCGAUCCCUCACGAGCUAGACCACCAUCAGGCUCUGGUAAAUCAACUAAUCAAACGGCAAUUAUUGCAGGAGGGGUUAGUGGUGGAGUUGUUUUAGCCAUAAUCAUCGGUCUUGUAGCUGUUUUUGCUUCACGUCGCCGUAGGCAGGGGAAGGAUUCAAGCGCAAGUGAUGGACCAUCCGGCUGGCUUCCUCUCUCUCUUUAUGGAAACUCGCACUCUGCGGGUUCUGCAAAGACGAACACUACUGGUAGUUAUGCAUCAUCCCUGCCGUCGAACCUUUGCCGCCAUUUCUCUUUUGCUGAGAUCAAAUCUGCCACCAAGAACUUCGAUGAGUCUCUCGUCCUUGGAGUGGGAGGCUUUGGCAAAGUGUACCAAGGAGAAAUCGAUGGUGGAGCGACCAAAGUGGCAAUCAAGCGUGGAAAUCCCCUCUCUGAGCAAGGUGUGCAUGAAUUCCAAACUGAGAUUGAAAUGCUUUCAAAGCUACGCCAUCGUCAUCUUGUUUCGUUGAUCGGGUAUUGUGAAGAUAAUUGUGAGAUGAUCCUUGUCUAUGAUUACAUGGCCUACGGAACUCUCCGUGAGCACUUGUACAAGACCCAGAGACCCCCUCUCCCGUGGAAGCAAAGACUUGAGAUUUGCAUUGGAGCUGCUCGGGGGUUGCACUAUCUCCACACUGGGGCUAAGCACACGAUCAUUCACCGUGAUGUGAAAACUACCAACAUUCUUUUGGAUGAGAAGUGGGUGGCAAAGGUCUCCGAUUUUGGUUUGUCAAAGACCGGUCCAACGUUGGAUCACACGCAUGUCAGUACUGUUGUGAAGGGUAGCUUUGGAUAUCUGGAUCCUGAAUACUUCAGACGCCAGCAAUUAACCGACAAAUCUGAUGUGUACUCCUUCGGAGUUGUGCUGUUCGAGAUCCUCUGUGCACGCCCUGCAUUGAACCCCACACUGCCGAAAGAGCAAGUCAGUCUAGCAGAAUGGGCUGCUCAUUGCCACAAGAAAGGCAUUCUCGAGCACAUUAUGGAUCCUCAUCUGAAGGGGAAAAUCUCGCCGGAGUGCUUCAAAAAGUUUGCCGAGACCGCAAUGAAGUGCGUCAACGAUCAGGGCAUCGAGAGGCCAUCAAUGGGCGACGUCCUGUGGAACCUCGUUGCCCUCCAGCUGCAAGAGAGUGCAGAGGAGAGCGGCAAGGGCUUCGGGGGAGUGGGCAUGGACGACGGGGCUUUUGAUGCUGCGGCCUGCAAAGGGAAGAAGGAUCCCGACGUAUCCCCUGGCUUCGACAGCAACGUGUCCGACUCAAGGAGCAGCGGGAUGAGCAUGAGCAUUGGCGGCCGGAGCCUCGCCAGUGAAGACUCGGAUGGGCUGACCCCGAGUGCUGUGUUCUCUCAGAUCAUGAACCCCAAAGGGCGGUGAAAAAACUAGGACACUGCCUCCCAUCCGCCUCCGCAAAAUCUCUAAGGAGACACUUGCCACUGCAAAAUUGUCGAGCAUUCACGACACGUUUUGGGUUUUCCUCGAUCUUUUCUUAUUCAUUUAACUUGCUGUCAAAAUUCCAUCUUUUUCCCAUCUUUUUUCUGGCUUCUGAUAUAAUCCUAUAUUCUCCAAGGCAGUUGUAAUUUGUUUAGUAAAUUUUAUAUAUGGUCACGAGGAGUGUAAGAUAAUAAUAUGUAACUUUUGCUAAAUAUCUCCUUUAAGUUCUAUCCUUGGAACAAAGCAUGUUAUUGUUUUCUU